AUGUCGACAUGGUUGGAUACACCUACAUAUGCUGCUCAGUUCAAUUCAUCAGAAGAUUUCAAUGGUUCGGUGCCUCGACCCGAUGACUUCCCGGAAAUAGCGGAGGAGUCGAGAAGCUAUUGGAUCCGUGAGCACCGUAUUGAUCUCGACCAUACGCAGGUAGAUACACAUCUUCCAACCAAUGUCGACGUAGUCAUCAUUGGUUCAGGUAUUACUGGCGCUGUAGCGGCCUUGCGCAUCUCCGAAAAGAAACCUGAACUUCGUACUGCCCUUGUCGAAGCCCGUGGUAUCUGCACAGGUGCAACCGGCAGGAAUGGGGGUUUCAUCGCACGCCCUGAAUGCUACCAUCUCGUCAAAACUGCGAAAAUCAUUGGUACUGAGGACGCAAUCAAGCUUAGAAAAUUUGGCAAUAUCAACCGAGAUAUGAUGCUUGAUUGCAUUGAAAAGUUGGGUCUGAGCGAAGAUGUGGAUCUGCGUUUGAACGGCAAUAUCAAUGUAUUUGAGACUCAGGAAGAGAAGGAUAACGCUCUCGAGGACAUAAAAUUCGCCAAAGAGAAUGGAUUCGAACCUGAGGGGUACUAUCUGGACCCUGAAGCCACAACAAAGAAAUUUGGCUUGGAUGCGGAGCUAUGCCGAUACGGUUCGGCAUUACUCGAGAGAGCUGGCACGUUCUAUCCCCGUAAAUUUGUUCACAACCUCCUUCUAACGGCUCUGGAGCGUAUGCCAAAUCUCACCAUCCAUCCAUACACGCCCGUAGAAGCCGUGCGUAAAGUAGAAACCCCCGAUGUUCAAUAUGAAAUCCGCACCCCUCGGGGCACCAUAACCUCCAAGGCCGUCUUCCAUGCUACGAACGCAUAUGCGGGUAACAUUUGUCCCCCAUUGAAAGGCAGCAAUGGCGUGUUUGGUGCAAAGGCUCAUCUCUUGGCGCUAAGUCCAAACACCCCAGGAAAUAGGGAUAAACAACUGAAAUACGGGUUUGGUUACGCCGACUUCUGGCAUUACUUGCAUCAACGUCCGGCUCAUGGCUCUUUUCUUUACGGCCUUGCUGAUGCUGAGAUUCUGAACGAUUAUGACGAUUCUAUUACGCUGCCAACCGACCACCCGGUACGGGCAAAAAUGGCCGAAAUGUUGGAGCGCAAUUUCCCGGAUUGGUUCGAGAAUUUGGAUCUUUCAAAGGACGUAACCCAUGACUGGACAGGUAUCCAAGGCCUGACAAUGACCGGGGCCAGUAUUGUAGGCCGGCCUUCAAUAGAAAGUCCUGGUGAAUUUGCUAGCGUGGGUCAUAAUGGCGAGGGCAUGGGAAGAUGUUUUGCCAGUGGAACAGUUGCUUCAGAUGCGAUGUUGGCUUAUUUGGAUGGGUCUGAAUACAGCCCGCCAGAUUGGUUUCCCCAUUGUUACCGUAGAAAUAUCUAG